AUGCUUCUCCCCACUCUCCUCACCACCCUGGCCCUCUCCACCCUCACAGCCGCCCACUUCGUCCUCCUCUACCCCCCCUCCUCCGGCUUCGACGAAGACACUGAACCCACCUCCCCCUGCGGCGGCUUCACCCCCUCCUCCUUCGCGUCCGCCCCCUCACUCCAAGUCGACCGCUUCCAAACCCUCAUCCAAAACGUCCACCCCAUGGGCGAGUGGAGUUUCCGCGGCACUGUCGCUACUGAAGCGCCGUGGAAUUUCACCGAGAUCGUGCCGGUGGUGAAGACGACGGGGGUGGUGGAUAAUUCGCCGGAUGGGAUUCUGUACCAGUGCGCCGCUGUGCAGUGGGUCGCAGGAUCGAACAACACGGUCGGAUCCGCGUGUACGAAUUCCAGCUCGAAUUUUGAGGCUUCGUGGACGACGUUGGAGGGGUUCAAGGGCGAGGAUGGUGGAUCGUCGUCGGGUACCAGUGCUUCGCCAUCGUCGGCGACGGCUGGUGGUGCCUCGUCGAGUUCUACGGGAGCUGCGCCGGUGGCGACGGGUGUCGGAGGCUUGCUGGGCGCUGGGUUGAUUGCGGUGGCUGGACUGGCGUUGUAA